UGCCAUCUGCCAUAUUUGGAGCAUUUGUAGCUGGCUACAGCAGAGAAACCAUGCACAGCAGAUUUCCUGUUUAUGAAUUCCACUUUUCUUAUGUUCAGAUAAAUUUUUGUGGAUUAAAAAUGAUUCUGCUUCUGAGUUUUUGGAUUGUUACAGGUCUCACAGCAGCGGACCCAACAGCGACAUAUUAUCGGCUGAAAAACAGCUCAGUGUGUCUGAAUGUCAGGAAACCGCCACCAUAUAGACGUGGUGAAUGGAAAUUUAACACGAUAAUUAUUGCUGAUGAUACAGUAAUCAAUCCAAUAUACAAAGACAGAGUGACUUAUAGUGCUGGGAACCUCUCCUUGUGUAUUAAUAACCUGGCUGAUACAGACGCUGGGAUAUAUGACGUCUCAAUCAGCCAAAACUUUACUUCAGCAUCAGAGAAACAUCAAGUCAUUGUUCAAGAUGUGGUUCCCACACCUGUCAUUAUAAUGUCAAAGCUUGGCUCCAACCAGUCUGCUGGACUCUGCAGUAUCACAGUAAACUGCUCCAUCCAGGAUUAUUGGCUUUGGUCUGUUUGUGAUGAAGACGGCUGCAGACCAUCCCAGAAAUCAUUCAGUGAGGUCAACAUCACCACCUUCACUGAGAACAGUACCGUGGUCUGCAGAGGCAACAACCAUGUUAGCACAAAUCAAGCUUCUGAAAGCUCAACACUGUGUUUCAAUAACACUAAUCCUGAUGAUAGGGGGAAAGCACAACACCCUCCAUCAACGAGAACACUUGCAUUUAUUAUUGUUUGUGUUUUACUCGCCUUCAUCUUUUUAGCAGUUUCUUUCUUUUUAGUUAAAAGAUUAUUUUCAACAAAAUGGAAAUCCUACCAGGCUCCAACAAAUACUAUCCGCUCAAUACAAAGCCAGCCCAUUAAUACUCUGCCAUCAUCUCAGUCGAGAGCCUCUACUGCGUCUUCGUCAAGUGAUGCUGACCCUGCUUAUGAGAACGCAGACGUCCUUCAGUACAGCCAGAGCAGCAGCCCAAGACAGGAAAGCCAUCCAGUAGAUACCAUCUACACUCUUCCAGGAGUGAAAAGCUCUUCUGCUGGCAACAACAUACAAAAUACUGCAGAGACUGCCACAGUAGAAGAGGCACAACAACGGCCCACGCAGAUCGACACAGUUUACAGCGUGUUGCAGAAGCCAAAAAAAUUGAAUGUAUAGCACCACCCAGAGGUCAAACGGGAGUUUUGAACAGUGGGAAACAAAAGAAAACGAGAACAAAAACAGUACAAGAAAAUGAACAUUGUAAAUACCAGACAAAUAUUCCAAACAUGAUUAAAGCUCAAUGUUCAGCAUAGACAAUAAAAUAAAUGUUGGAUCAAUUCAUAGAACUAAUAUAAAAUUAAUCACAGGACUUAUGAUUACUUUUAUAUAAAAAUGAAAUUUCCUCUGCUGAAUAAAUUGGGUGCAUGCUAACAUGCUGAGAUGAAAGACCAAAUGCUGAUCUUCGUUUGGCAGCUUAUUCACUUAUAUUUAUUUGUUAUAAUAGUACUUUAUUUAUAUUAGCAAUGAAAUUUUCUAUCCACCAAAUCAUUUUAUUUGUUUUUUCUUUAAAUGUACAGAAAAUGUAUGAAUUGUGCCCCAUUAAAUGACAUGCUGAUUGGGCAACUAUUGAUGGAUAUUUGCUUAUGUUUGAUUAAACAUGAUUAAGCUGAUAAAUUUAGCAUUUACUCUAGUGCAGGGGUCGGCAACCUUUAACACCCAACGAGCCAUUUGGACACUGGACAAUACUUUUUGACAUCUAAAAUGAAAAUAACACUGUAUAUAUUGUUUUUUUUACCUUUAUGCUUUGUAUAAACAACUAUAGUGUGUUGCUUAUGAAAUCCAUGAAGUUCUACAGAGAAAAUAAAUUUUUUAUUUAUGUAAUGAACACAUUGUGAACAUUGUGAACUCUUAACCCUCUGCAGGGGAGGCGGACACACCUGAGCAACAUCCGCAAUCACGCCUUGCCUUAAAGUCCUUGUCUCUCUGCUGUUCUUUUGGUAGCUGGAAAGCUACAGCUGGCUGUAUGCGUACAGCAACCGUGUGUGAAAAGUUGUCAAUAAAGAGAUGCUGAAAAGCAUGUUCAUGCAAACAU